AUGACCAUGCUCACAGUCAAGCAGCCAACACACUACGGCUACAAGUCCGUCCAUGACCUACCAACUCCGCCUUCAACAUCCCGACCUUCGCCUCCUCUGUCUUACCAAGACCAUCCUUCUCAUAAGCUGCUGCCGUCCAUCCCCCGCAGUCACAGUCCACCUGGUCAGCCCAUGUCCGCGCAUCACCGUGGCCUGCCCCCGCCGGCAGCUAUGACUCUACCGCCUCAGCCAUCUCAUCCAACCCAGGCUCCUCCUCCACCUCCUCCCGCGCCUCAGCCCAUCAGUCAGCCGCCUUCCGCCCACAGCCAUGUUAUGGGUCAGCUGCCGGGCCCCCCACCUCAGUGGCAGGGCGCCGAAGAUUCCAUGAGAAGUUGGUUGGCCGCAAAGACUGAGGAAGAGCGCAGAAGGCAGGAGGAAGAGAAGACGAGGCAGGAAUCUCUGCGCCUCGAGCAACGACGAAUAGAGGCUGACAUGUUGAGAACAUCAUUGACCGGCGGAAUCCCGCCCCCAAUCGUGCCGCUUGUCUUUGCCGGUAUGGGCGGUGGUGUCUUGCCUCCAGCAGCUUUGGAAUGGGCGCAGCAGUUCCUCAACCCUCACGGUCAAGGUCAACACCCGCAGUUGCUUUCUUCCCAGGGCCCUCUGUCUCCUGAUCAUCGUCGUGAUUCUCAGUCGCAUUCUUACGGGCAGUAUCCCGGCAUUCCCUCGACACCGAGCUCGGCCCCUGGCCCUCAUGGCUUUACAGGAUACCCAUCUUCUCCGGGAACACGGGGUAGGGCAACAACUUUGUCUUCGACAGGCUCAGUAUCUCGGCCACUCGGAUCAUCGAACCUGCCUAGCUUGAAUACGAAUGUACCCCAGUCUGCUGCACAAGGCGCCUCAACUUUGCAGAGCCACCAAUCCCAUUCGACUGCGCAGUCUGCAUCUACACAGCAGGAGGCUCAACCUAGCCCGUCCAUUUACUUCCAUCAUUGGCAUCCGCCAACGUCCCAAGCCGGAGGUGGCUCCACCCAGCCUGCGACCCCCUCCGGGGAGUCUCCUAGGAACAAGCGCAAGGCUACCGGCCCGCAGCUAGCCGCUCCACCCCCUAGUCAGCAACGACUGAGGUCGCCUCCCUUUCAUAGUGGAUCAACCCUCGGAAAUCCUCCACCGGGACGACGAGGGCAUUCGCGACAACGAAGCGAUCUUUCAUCAUACCGGCCGGCGGGUCGAGGUCGGGGAGAGAGUUUUGGGACGCCUCGAGGCGUGUCUCCGCAAAUCAGCAGCUCCGGUACUGGGCCGGAUCAUGGUUGUGGCGAUGCGACAUCUAGCCAACAACAAGCGGCAAGAAGUGUUGGCGGACAUUCCGUCUCAUCCUUGCUCUCUGAAGAACCAUGA